AAGUGCGCGCUGCGCAGUAGGUACUACUCAUACUAGUAGUAACUAGUAGUGGUGAUGUAAUAUCGAGUACUAUUAUUACGAGUAGUGUCAGGUCGGUAGUGAGUACUCAGCAAGUCAGAAUUCUUCAUAUCAGUCACCGUCUACUGUGUGUAUAAUACAGUGUGUUUACUCUUCACUAUCUAUUUUGGAAUUGUUCAUUCCUCAAUCGCCAAUCGUUAUACGUCACAUCGAGUAUUCGAGCGCUUAGCUUUUCUGAUAUCUGUGAUCAAUCCGAUUUCACGCUGCACUGUUUGUUGGACGUUGGACGUUUUGUUUAAUUAACGCGCUGACGUGCAGUGCGCACUUCAAUUUAUUAAAUUGAUAUGCUUCCCAAUCAACCAAAUAAUGGAACUCCUGGUGUCCCAGGAAAGAAAAAACAGAAAAAAGGUAAUCAACAAGAUAAUUCAAAUAUUAAUGUUGGGCCAUCAAAUUCAGGGUCAAAAGAGGCAAGACAACAGCAAACCCAGAAACAAAACCAACCAACAGAGAAUAAACCAGGACAAAACGACUUUCCACAAAUGUCUCAAACUAAGGCAAAUCCAAAACAGCAAACACAGAAACAAAAUAAACCAAAGGAAGCGAAUCAAAAACAAAAACAGAAUCAACCAGCCGGGUCUAAACCAACUCAAAAACAACCUGAAGGUAAUAAACCACCUGUUGUGCCACAAUCAGCUCCAACUCAAGGAAAUCAACAAAUUGAACAACAAAUUACAAUAUUAAAAAGUAAAUUAUUUAUUCCUAAAAGAAAAAAUCCUAAGGCUGGAGGUUCUAUGGGGCGCGCAACUACGAUUGAAGUGAAUCAUCUUCCUCUUAACCUUGAUAAAUUAUUCAAAAAAAUUGUAUACCACGUAGAUGUACAAUUCACUCCAGAUCUACCAAAAAGACUUCUAAGAUGUGCUUUGGAAGAAUUUAAUAACAAACAUUACCCUAAAGUUCAUUUUGCAUUUGAUGGACGGAGAAAUAUGUAUACUACAAAAGAAAUAAAUGGCAAAACUGAUUUAGUAUCUGUGUUAAAUGAUGAAAACAAUAGAACAAUAGAAUUUACUAUUGCUACCUCGAUUGUCAAUAAAAUUCAGAUGAGUAAAAUCGAGGAAUAUUUAAGAUCUGGAUCAUCCAACUCUACCCCAGGAGAAGCAUUUCAGGCAUUGGAUAUUAUUUUGAAAAACCGACCAUUUUCAUUAAGAUUCACUAAUGUUGGAAGAUCAUUUUUCCCACUUCCACGUAUUACACCAGUCGACUUAGGUGAAGGAAUGGAAUUAUGGAAAGGAUUUUUUCAAAGUCCUGUUAUGGGUUGGAAACCUUAUCUUAAUAUAGAUGUGGCACACAAAGGAUUUCCUAAACAUCAACCAUUAAUUAACUACAUAACUAUUGAAUUGCAAUGUGAUCUCACUAAAGAAAUGGAUAUGAGGAGUUUUAACACAUUAUCAACUUAUGUUAAAGGAUUAAAAAUUGACUUUAUGGUUCCAAAUCAACCCAACACAAAGCGUUCGUACAAAGUCGUUGGUCUCCUUGACACUGCCGCUAAAUUUAGAUUUAAUAUGGAGGAUUCUGCUAAAGGUGUACAAUCAAUUAAUGUAGUGCAAUACUUCAAACUUACGCGAAACUAUGUUAUCAAGUAUCCAAAUUUACCUUGUUUACAUGUUGGCAAUGUAAAUAAAAAAACUGCUAUUCCGAUUGAGCUAUGCAUUGUUCAAAGGGGACAAUUGCGUUUGAAAAAAUUAUCUGAAAUGCAAACUGCUACCAUGGUAAGAAAUGCAGCUCGGCCUCCUGCAGAACGACGACAGACUAUUGAAAAUUGCAUCAAAGACAUUAAAUACAACCAAGAUCCUGUAUUGAACGAGUUUGGUAUUUCCGUUACAGAGAAUUUUGCUUCAAUCCCAGCAAGAGUUUUGCCUCAGCCUGUCUUGUCAUAUGCUAAUGGGGAAAAGACACCAAAUGCUGGUGUUUGGAAAAUUGAUAAAUCUUUAUUUACUAAAGCUGUAUGUAUUACCAGAUGGGUUGUAUUAAAUCUAGAUGGCCGCACAAAUAUGCAAAGCAUUAAAAACUUUGAAAGAACUUUGAUAGCGAGUGGUAAUAGUUUGAAUGUUUCUGUCAACCCAAUGAAUCCUCCAAUAAACAAUGUGGUGCAAAGGAAUGCCCGUUUGAGUGAAAUAAAAACCUUAGUUGGGAACCUUUUUACAAAGCUAAAAGCUAACAAUGUAGAAUUAGUUGUGGUUAUUAUUCCAGAUUAUCCGCCUGGAAUAUAUGCCGCUGUUAAGCAAAAAUCAGAAUUGGAAGUUGGUAUUCUUACACAAUGCAUUAAAUCCAAGACAAUGUUUAAAAUGAAUCCAUCAACAUCUUCCAAUAUUCUACUAAAAAUAAACUCGAAACUGAAUGGAAUUAAUCACACUCUUGCUAAUAAAAGCAGUCCACCGAGUAUGGAAGGGGCUAUUAUUUUUGGAGCUGAUGUGACACAUCCAUCCCCUGAUCAGACUGCUAUUCCAUCAGUUGCUGCUGUAGCAGCCAGUCAUGAUAUUCAUGGAAGCCAAUACAAUAUGGAAUGGCGCUUGCAAUCUCCUAAAGUUGAAAUCAUUCAAGAUUUAGAAGACAUAAUUCAUUUACAGUUGCUUAAAUACAAGGAAAAAACAAAUAUUGUGCCAAAGAAAAUAUUAUAUUUUAGAGAUGGUGUAAGCGAAGGCCAAUUUCUACAGUUGUUGGAACAUGAACUGAUUGCUAUUCGAAGAGCUUGUCUUAGACUCAAUAUUAACUACAGACCUUCAGUGACAUUUUUGGUUGUACAGAAAAGACAUCAUACUAGAAUGUUUCCCAAGUCUAGUUGUGAUAUGGACGGCAAGUUUGCUAAUGUUCCUUCUGGUACAAUUGUAGAUACUCAAAUUACCCAUCCAACAGAACUCGAUUUUUAUUUAUGUAGCCAUGCUAGUAUUCAAGGCACAUCAAGACCAACCAAAUAUCAUCUCAUAUGGGAUGACAAUAAUUUCACCGAAGACCAGUUGGAACAACUGACAUUUUACCUAUGUUUUAUGUUUGCACGUUGUACACGUUCUGUUUCAUAUCCGGCACCUACCUACUAUGCUCAUUUGGCUGCAUUUAGAGCCCGAGCUUAUAUUGAAAACAAAACCAUUGACCUCAAUCAUUUAGAUGAUGAGCAAAACAAAAAUAAACUGAACCAUUCAUUCACAGUUAAUACACCCAUGUUUUUUGUUUAAAUAAAUUUAUUUAAAAACUAUUUUAAUAUUUUUUUUUUUUUUUUUUUUUUUUUUUUUAAAAAAAAUUA